AUGUUCGACACAGUCUGCACCCUCCCGCUAAGUGGGGACCUCUUCGCACAGGCAAUCCACCCCUCCGAGCCUGUGAUCUCGGUCGGCUUGUCCACCGGCCACGUUCAGACGUUCCGGCUCCCGGUGGAGGAAGAAGAGGAGAAUAGCGAUGAUGAGGGAGACCAGGGGUCGGUUUCUAGCUCGCGCAAUGGCACGGGACACAUUGAUACAGUGUGGCGCACGAGGCGGCAUAAGGGGAGUUGUCGCACGUUAGCGUUUGGGGUUGAUGGGGAGACUCUGUAUUCUGCGGGCACGGAUGGGCUGCUUAAAGCUGCGAAGACUGAGACUGGGGUUGUGGAGAAUAAGAUUGCUAUUCCGACGGCGAAGGAUGGGUCCAUUGAUGCGCCGACUGUUGUUCAUGCAAUCUCCCCUCAGACUUUGCUUCUUGCUACGGAUUCGAGCAAGCUGCACCUAUAUGACCUGCGUGUUCCGUAUUCUAAAGUCUCGGUCAAGCCUCAGCAAACGCACUGUCCCCACGAUGACUAUGUUUCGUCUCUGACACCGCUUCCUGCCUCGGAUACCAGUACGUCGGGAUUCAGCAAGCAAUGGGUGACGACGGGUGGAACAACGUUGGCUGUCACAGAUCUACGACGGGGCGUGCUCGUGCGCAGCGAAGACCAGGAAGAAGAGCUCAUCAGUUCUACGUACAUCAGCGGCCUGCCAGCGAGUGGGACUAGCCGUGGUGAAAAGGUUGUUGUUGGCGGUUCUAGUGGUGUGUUGACGCUUUGGGAGAAGGGUGUCUGGGAUGACCAGGACGAGCGAGUUUAUGUUGAGAAAGGCGCGGGCGCGGCCGGUGGAGAGUCCCUUGAGACACUUAGUGUUGUUCCUGAUGAACUCGGCAAAGGCAAGAUGAUCGCCACUGGCCUCGGGAGUGGAAAGGUGAAAUUUGUUCAGAUGGGCAUGAACAAGGUGGUUUCAGAGCUUACGCACGAUGAGACAGAAGGUGUGGUUGGCCUUGGAUUCGAUGUUGAGGGCCGCAUGGUCAGUGGUGGUGGGCAAAUCGUCAAGGUCUGGCACGACACAGCAGACUCUAACGGUGACUUGGCCGGUGGGAAGCGCAUGCUUGGGGGCGACAGUGAUGACAGUGACGAUUCGGAUGACAGUGACCGCGAGGCCCAGAAGAACGAUAAAUCGCGCAAUAAGCGCAAGAAGCAAAAGGGCAAGGACCGUGGUAAGGGUCGGGAGGUGAUGGCGUUUGCCGAUAUGGAUUAA